CCGCCGCGGACAGAGCGAGAGCGCGCGCGCGCGAGAGCGAGCGGGUGAAGGCGACUUAAAAAAAAAGAAAAGAUUGGAAAGGAAAAGCUGCCGGGUUUUUUUCUUCCUGAGCACUGAUUUGUGGCGGCCGGCCGGGCCGGGAGACUGUGUGUGGAGAUUGCGCGCGGAGAUAACGCUCAGGAACUGUUGUUCAGGCAGUGUAAUGGUUGUCAGUAGACAGCUGAAGUUCCUUGCCUAGUGGAAGAAGACCAUCUUAAAGAGAUUCUUGCCAUGUGUGUUCCAAGAAAAUGGGUGUUAAUGCUUCUACCUACCCGUACCCAUCAUGUCAGACGGCUGGGGUGAAAACGCAUUCUUCAAAUGCAGUUGGUGACUCUCCUUCGCAUCCUCAGUUUGGAUGUCAACUGGAUGGGAAGUUCUGCAUCUCCGGGCUGGGCCAGGACAAGCGCGAGAAGAAGAAGAGCUCUAACCUUGCCUUGCUGAAGAAGAAGCUGUUCAGGCGACGCAAGUCGGCCAAGUCGGCUGACCAUGCCAAGCACAUGCGUGAGCUCCUGUGUGGCUGGGACGUGCGCGAUGUGGGCUUGCUGGUGAAGCAGUAUGAAGCUGCUUUGGCUGUGAAGGAGCUGGUGAUUCAAGCGUGUGUGGCCAGGCCAGAGGCCAGCCGGUUAAAUGAGGAUCUGGCCAAGCUGUACCAGUUCAAAUACUGUACUGAUGUGGACCUGAUAUUCCAAGGUACAUGUUUUCCUGUCCACCGUGCCAUAUUGGCAGCACGGUGCCCUUUCUUCAAGACCCUCCUCUUGUCUAACCUGGACCGUGCUGAGUUGGUCAUGGACAUCAGCACUGUUGGCAUAGACAUGCCAAUAUUGUCAUCCCUUUUGCACUACUUGUACAGUGGAGAGUUUGGCGUGCGAGAUUCUCAGAUCAAGAACGUUGAUGUCUUGGUCCGACUCAGUGAGGAGUUUGGCAUGCCCAAUGCCCUUCACUUUGACAUCUACAGCCUCCUGGAAAGCUGCUGCUAUUACGACGCAGUCCUCAGUUUCACCUCCAGCCCUGAAGUCUCUGACGGUUUUGAAGGGUGUCGCCUGGAGGGGGACUUUCGCUGUCAUAAGGCCAUUCUCUGUGCCCGCUCGCCGUUCUUCCGGAACCUCCUCCAGAAGCGGAUUCGCAGUGGUGAGGAGACCACGGAUCGGACCUUGCAGACCCCAGCCAGGAUUGUUCUAAAUGAAGCAAUCAUUCCAAAGAAAUAUGCAAAAGUCAUUUUGCAUUGCAUGUAUACAGACCUGGUGGACCUAGACUUGGUUCUACCAUUCAGCCCAUCUACAGGGAGCUUGAGAGAAGUGCAGGAUGAAUCAGGGAAGGAUAGCGAGACUCGACUGGAAAAUGCAAUGGAGCUGUUCCAUAUAGCACUCUUCAUUGAGUUUGAUAUGUUGGCACAAGGCUGUGAAGACCUGAUUGUUGAGAGCAUUACACUGGACUCGUUAGUUACUAUCCUGAAGUGGAGUUCUCAACCAUAUGGAUCCAAGUGGGUCCAUCGGCAGAUGCUGCAUUUCCUCUGUGAGGAGUUCAGUAACAUCGUUGCUUCAGACAUUCUCUUUGAGCUCAGUAAGGAGCACCUGAUGGCAGCCAUCCAGUCGGACUACCUGCAGGCAAGUGAACAUGAUAUCCUGAAGGCUGUGAUUAAAUGGGCUGAACACCAACUGGCCAAGCGUCUGUCGGAUGAAGAGCCCAAUUUAUUGAAUGGGACUGCACACAGUGUCAACAAACGUGGAGUGAAGAAGCGUGAUUUGGACUCGGUGCAGCUCCGUGAGAUUGUCUGCGAUCUGGUGCCACAACGUUCGUAUUGCUCACGUCUUCCAGCGAAGAGCGAGGUCCUGUCUGAUGCUAUGAAGAGAGCAUUGAUCAGCUCUCCUCCACUGGACAUGCUUCCACCCCCGGAGGGAAGGAAAUCCAGAGCAUGGUUUUGCCUCAAGGCUUCUGGUAUCGGUGCCAGACCCCGUCUGUUUACCCCAUACAUCGAGGAAGCCAAGAUCGUGCUGGAUGAACUACUGUCAGAGCAGACCAGUUUGGAAAAGGUUCGAAUGAGCCGGAUCUCCAGUGUUCCAGACACUCUCUACAUGGUUGACUCUAGUGUAGCAGAUUUUUCUCGUUUUAAUUCUGGAUCUCCCCAGGGAUGUGAUGAAAAUGUUUCUGCAACUCUGCGAGAUGAAGUACCUGUGCCCCCAGUAGACGUUGCCAAGGCCAUGUUUAGGCGACUCAGGGAGAUUUGGCACAGUGACCAGGUACAGCGGGCAUAUGCUCUAAACAUCGGUGCGGGGGCCGCUGUGACCCAGGCAGUCUACUUGCGUGUGGUCAGAGAGUUCGGCCUCCCUGAUGCCACCACUGAAUUAUUGAAGUAUCCCACAGUGUAUUUUCCGAAUGAGCACUUGAGCAUCGACAGCCCAGUUUUUGGAAAACGUCAGCCAAACUCCCGCCGGGCCACUCCUGUGAAGGAAACCAACGUCCAGAGCUUGGAUCCCUUCCGGAAUUUCAGCCCCCCACUUCCUCCCCCGCCCCCUCCAUAUCACCCUCCUCCAUCUCCCCGGAGGGAACAGACACAAUCCAGUGAAAAGAAAGAAGACAGUCAGCCUACCUCAUGCCGUGCUUUGCGAACUAACCUGCAGCCACAUUCUGCCUCUCGGACUUCGGAACAGGCAGUGCAAGCUUCCAUCAGGACGGUUAAUUGUGAGGAGCCCAGUGAUGGUCACCUGUCACCUGACGAGCAGGGUUCCAAAAGCUUGGUGAAGGACUUGAUGCCUGACAUUGCCAUGGCAGCCACAUCAAAGCAAAGUCUGACAUCCAAAGACCCUGAGCUUUGCAAAGCUGUGUCUGAAGUAGGUCGGGAUUCUGCAGAGCUCAGCACAGAGGCUCCUGAACCCCUCUGCUCCAAUCGUGGAAUCAGUAAGUACAGCCUAAGGAAGAAGAAGCACUCUCGGGGGCAGAAACCCCGAAGGCAUGUAGACUUUUGGAACUACCCUGAUUUUUAUGACUUCUCUCCGGAAGAUUCUUGCCAGUCAUUUGUUUUGUCCCAGAAGUUGCCCAGCCCUGCCCCGUCCCCAUCAAAGGGUCACACUUUCUGCCAGGAUUUGAAGAAUAACUCCAGGCCACCCACAGGUUUAAAGCAGCCCUAUUUAAACCCAGCAUCACCGUCCAAAAGGAAAGAGACCUUGAACAGUGAAUCCACGGACACUCACGAGAAGCCUGACCUUAAGAGGACUUCUGUAAAUCUUGACCUACCAUCUACAGUAGAGGUUGUCCAUUGUACUGCUGGCACAGAUCUGACCCAUGGUCUACCAGCUCAUGAGGAAAGGCUAUUUGAUGUACCUCAACAAUUUGGAAGGCCUGACCAGCAGCCACCUUUGGAACCAGUUGAUUAUAAAGCCUUUGCUGGUGGGACUUUGAUGGGGACAGACUUAAUCCAUGGCUUGCCAGCUGAAGAACCAAAGCCCAGGCACAGGCUGGUGUCACCAGUCAAAUGUUCAUUUCUCACUUGUGAGCCACCGUCAUCCCAGCUGAGGCAAAGGAACUCCCCCCAGACCAUAUUAAAACCAGACAACUUCUCGUCACCGGCAACUUCCUGUUGUGAUUACCUUUACCGAAGGGGUGGCUCUGACAACACAAUGACGACAGACUUAACUUCUAGUCUUCCUACCAGCCCCAGUGUCAGUGUGCCAUUAAUCUCCGUCAUUGAGGACACACCUGGAAGACUAGCUGAGGCAAGCCACCUCUCGCCAUCAAACUGUUGUAUCAGCCAUAGUGUGAACUCCAAGAGACAGCCAAACAAGUCUGAGGCUAGAGACUUUCCAUACAAAAAGUCAGCUCUAUAAAUCUGGCAUUUGUUAUUUCCCUUCUGUUAUGUUUUGCAUCUUUUUCCCUUUUUUUCUCUCUGUCCUUUUUUUUCCCUCCCUCUCCCUAUCCUUUGUUUCUCUCUGUCCUCUUCUCUCCCCCUCUCCCCCCUUGUCCCCCUCUCCCCCCUUGUCCCCCUCUCCCCCCUUGUCCCCCUCUCCCCCCUUGUCCCCCUCUCCCCCCUUGUCC